GGGAGUUACUGGCGGCCCAGUGCCCUCGCCCCUACUCCGCCGCUCGGCACCCACCUCGCCAUGGUUCUUCUGCGUCUGCGCUGUCUCCUCUGGGGCUGCUUGCUGACCACCGUCCACCCGGAGCCACACACCAUGUGCAGAGAGAAUCAGUACCUGGCCAAAAAUCACUGCUGUGACAUGUGCCAGCCAGGGAAGAAACUGAUGAAUGACUGUACAGAGUUCACCGACACAGAAUGCCUUCCUUGCAAAAAAGGCGAAUUCCUAGACACUUGGAAUAUAGAGAGACACUGUCACCAGCACAAGUACUGCGACCCCAACCUAGGGCUCCAGGUCCAGAGGGAAGGCACAUCAGAAACAGACACCACUUGCAGAUGCCGUGAAGGUCUACAUUGUACCAACAAUGCCUGUGAAAGCUGCACCCAGCACACCCUGUGCUCCCCUGGCCUUGGAGUCAAGCAGGUUGCCACAGGGGUCUCUGAUACCAUCUGCGAUCCAUGCCCCGCUGGCUUCUUCUCCAAUGUGUCAUCUGCUUCGGAAAAGUGUCAUCCUUGGACAAGAUGUGAGGCCAAAGGCCUCGUAGAGCUUCAGCCGGGGACCAACAGAACGGAUGUCGUCUGCGGUCUCCAGGACCGGGUAAGAGCCCUGGUGGCGAUCCCCAUCACAAUGGUGAUUCUGCUUGCUGUCCUGUUGGUGUCUGCCUAUAUCAGAAAGGUGACCAAGGGGCCAGGGAAUAAGGUCAUCCAGCCGGAGGAAGUUAAGUGUCAGGACCCCGUGGAGGACCUGGAGGACAUUUCUAUUCCCCUCUACUCCAUUCCUCCGGUGCAGGAGACCUUACACGGGUGCCAGCCGGUCACCCAGGAGGACGGCAAAGAGAGCCGCAUCUCUGUGCAGGAGAGAGUAUGAGGCGGGGUGUGCCAGCGAGUGUGGCAGCAUGGGAAGACGGGCACGUGCAGGAGAGUGUGGAGCUGCUGGUGCUGCAGAGUGAGGGUGCGGGGCACCCCCGGCCUGCACCCCUGUGGUGCAGACACAGAGCCUUCCACCCCAGCCCUGGAGCCCAUUCAGUCUCCUGACUUGCUUUUAAAGGCAGAGGCAAAACUUUGGUGGGGGGGGUGGGGCCCAGAGUAACAUCCACCAAAUCCUCCAGUGCCCAGAGGCGUAUCAUGGUGGUUUCCACAAGCCCAGGGACACGUAGCCACGAAUAUCCAUUGCAGUGUUGUUUGUGACAGUGGACAACUGGAAGCCAUUUAGCUGGCCAGCAGCAGGGGACUGGCUAAAGGAAAUCGUAAUAUAUUUUAUACAAUAUCUCAAAAGCACUGUUGUGGAAAAAAAAAAAAAAGCAAG